AUGAUCACCGGUGCGCCGCCCAACGUCUCCGACGCCCUCCUCAUCAACGGCCAGCCGGGAGACUUGCUCCCGUGCUCCAGCCAAGAGACGAGCAUCAUCCCGGUGGUCGCCGGCGAGACGAUCCUGCUGCGCAUCAUCAACGCGGCCAUGAACACCGAGCUCUUCGUCAGUCUCGCCGGCCACAGGAUGACCGUGGUCGCCGCGGACGCCAUUUACACCAAGCCCUUCGAGACCGACGUCGUUCUCCUCGGCCCCGGCCAGACCACCGACGUCCUCGUCACGGCGCACGCAGCCCCGGGACGAUACUACCUCGCCGCGCGCGCCUACGCUUCGGCCCAGGGCGUCCCCUUCGACAACACCACCGCCACCGCCAUCUUCCAGUACAAGAACGCCCCCGGCUGCCCCACCACCUCCGGUGCCGGUGCCUUCAGCGGCCCAGUAGGCCGGUCCACUAGGUCCUCGGGCCACUUCGGCCGCGCAGGGCCGCAGCCGAUGCUCCCGUUCCUGCCGGCGUUCAACGACACGAACACGGCGACCGCCUUCUCCAACAGCCUCCGGAGCCCAGUGGCGGUGAAGGUGCCCGGCCCGGUGACACAGGAGGUGUUCACCACCGUGGGGUUUGGGCUCUUCAACUGCCGCCCCGGCCCGUUCUGCCAGGGCCCCAACAACACCCGGUUCGGCGCGAGCAUGAACAACGUGUCGUUCCAGCUCCCCAACACCGUGUCCCUGCUGCAGGCGCACUACCACCACAUCCCCGGCGUGUUCACCGAUGACUUCCCGGCGUUCCCGCCGGUGUUCUUCAACUUCACCUCGCAGAACGUCCCGCGAGCGCUGUGGCAGCCGGUGAAGGGCACCAAGCUGUACCAAGUCAAGUACGGCGCGGUGGUGCAGAUCGUGUUCCAGGACACGGGCAUCUUCGCCGCCGAGGAGCACCCCAUGCACAUCCACGGGUACCAGUUCUUCGUGCUGGCCACGGGGUUCGGCAACUACGACCCGCGGCGCGACGAGGCCAAGUUCAACCUGGUGGACCCGCCCAGCCGCAACACCAUCGGCGUGCCCGUCGGCGGCUGGGCCGUCGUGCGCUUCGUGGCCGACAACCCCGGGGUGUGGCUCGUGCACUGCCACAUCGACGCCCACCUCACGGGCGGGCUCGCCAUGGCGCUGCUGGUGGAGGACGGCGAGUCCGAGCUCGAGGCCACCAUCGCGCCGCCGCUCGACUUGCCCAUCUGCGUGCUGUAG